AUACAAGCUAGUAUACAUAUAUACAAUAUAACCUGUUUGCUUUGUUGGUGUUAAUUAAAGCUUUAAUUGGCAUCAAUGGCAGGGUCAUCAAGCUGCAGGGUAGCCUGGUGGAUGUCGGUAGCUGCAAUGCUUGCAGUUGCACUGGUGGCCAUGGCACCGACGGCGUGCAUGGCGCAGAACACGCAGCAGGACGUCGUGGACCUGCACAACGCGGCGAGGUCCGACGUCGGCGUCGGGCCGGUGACAUGGAACGACACGGUGGCGGCCUACGCGGAGGCGUACGCGGAGAAGCGCCGCGGCGACUGCCUGCUGCAGCACUCGGACUCCAGCGGGCUGUACGGCGAGAACCUCUUCUUGGGCUCCGCCGGCGGCAACUGGACGGGGUCUGACGCCGUGGCGUUGUGGGUGGCGGAGAAGCAGUGGUACGACCACGCCAGCAACAGCUGCUCGGCGCCGGCGGGGAGCUCGUGCGGCCACUACACGCAGGUGGUGUGGAGCAACUCGACGGAGAUCGGCUGCGCCGGCGUCGUCUGCGACAACAACCUCGGCGUCUUCAUCACCUGCAACUACUCGCCGCCGGGCAACGUCGACGGCGAGUCCCCUUACUAAUAAGUACACUAUACGUACCAUGCAUACGCAUCGUAUGCGUAUACGUACACGGCUAUAUAUGUGUUUAUAUACGCUGAUCCGGCCAGCUGCAGAAGUACUAUACUAUAUACGUACGUUUCUACGUGUGUAUGUAGUAGUGGUUCAUAUAUAGUCUUAUAUUACACGCGCUUCGUAUGGAUGCAGUCGUCAUGCAUGUAGCGCGUCUUCGCAGUUCGUGCAUGUACGUAGACGUACGUAUAAGAAUGUGCGUAUAAAUGUAUGUAUUUGUGCCGAGUGGAAUAAUAAAGCCGCCGCCGCGUGCGAUCGAUACGCCAAUAGUAUUGUACUUCCUCUGGGUCUU